AACAGCCACCGGUAUUAUUCCCGUCGUCCCGCUUAUCUCCGAAAUAAAUCGCCAGUCUUUGGGUUGAUGGAUUCUGGAUUCGGAUGCUAUUAUAAGCUGCUAAUUGUUUCUUUCUAUACGUCCAACAUAAAGAUUUUUGCCUCUCACCCAUCUAACCUCUCUUUCUCUGCGAAAUCGACGACUUGGUUUCGAGAGCUGCGGACUCCGUUUGCAAAGUAGGGCGGGGCGUCUUCAAGGAUUGAUUAAUCAAAGCGUCCACAGGCCCAAGCUUAUUGACUUUGAAGCAGCAGCUUGCAAUCCUUGUUUAAUAGAGACCAGGCACCAAAUUCUGCAGUAUUGCCGGGAUAACACUUAGAAGAGGCUGUGCAAUGUCCAAAAUGCAUCGGACAAGGUUUCAAACAGCUGGCUGGGCUGCUUUUGAUCGCAAGCACCGUGAAAAGCAAGGAAGUGAAACUGAAGGUUCUGUGGAUCCCUUUCCCCCCAUCUCAAAUGAGACAUAUUCAGGCUUGAUGGAAUGUUCAAACAAUGCUCACUCCAGAGAAAGCUCGGCACUGAUUCAGUCAGCACCAACUAUUUCAUAUUCUUCAGUUUUUCAACCCUCGAGGCCUUCUAACUUUUCACAUCUCAAGGCUCAUACAAAUCUUGCAUCCUCAAAUAUUAACAUUGACAGCAAUCAUCAUGCUGUCAUUGUAAAAAAAAGAAAUGAGAAUCCUAUUGCGAUGCUGAAAGAUAUUUAUUGUUGGGCUGAUCAAUAUUUGAUUGAAGAUGUUUUAGCUGCUGUAAACAAUGAUGUUGGGCAGGCAUCUAUUCUUUUGAAAGAAAUGAUUUCAACUGAAACAGGAACUAAAAACAAGCACUCCGAGCCUUUUGGAAGGUGCUCUUCGCUCAGGAGUAAUAUGAGCGAAGAUGCAAAUAUUUUUAUGGAAAAAAGCAGUACUUCUACAACAAAUAAUUUGUCUGACAAUUCUCAUGAGGAAUUAAUAGUUAAGCAGCUCUCUGUCCCUAUUGAACCUGAGUGGGAAGAGGAUGAUGUCUACUUAAGCCACCGAAAGGAAGCAUUAACGAUGAUGAGGGCUGCGUCACAACAUUCACGGGGUGCCAGCAAUGCCUAUUUGAGGCGUGAUCACUUAACUGCACGUCAGCUCUCCUUGAGGGCUCGAGAAGAGUGGAUGACUGCAGAAAAACUAAACACUCAAGCAGCAGAGGAGAUUCUACGCAUUAGGAACAGCAAUAAUGACAUAUGGAUGCUUGACCUUCAUGGCCUUCAUGCAACAGAGGCUGUUCAUGCAUUGAAGCAGCGUCUUCAAAGAAUUGAAUCCAAGAUGAUGUUGAACCAUUCUGCUUCUCCUGAUAAGUUGGCAAAGCUAGAAACAAUUCAACCAAGUCCCUCUUUUGUUUCUCUUAGCGGAUUGGAGACCUCUAGUAAUGCUAAGAGGAUUAUAGUGCCACAACCGAGGCAGACGUCAUUGCAUGUCAUUACAGGCUCUGGUAAUCACAGCAAAGGACAUGCAUCACUUCCUGCAGCUAUCAAAAGCUUUCUUAUUGAUGAAGGGUAUGUGAUGAAAAACAUCUUUUCAAAUCAGUUUUUAAGGUAUCGCUUCGAUGAUGCAAGGCCAGGCGUAAUAUCUGUUCGUCCUAUGUUUCGCUCAAGGUUCCUGAGCUAAGGGAUUUAAAGAACUCUAAUGCAUUGCUUGCAAUCGCCGUCGAUGACCACCAUCAAUAACCGCCACAAUUGUGGCUGAUUACUAAUGUUCGAUCCCGUCAAUUGAUUUCCCUUAUCUGGGUGUAGUUACUUGACCUCUAUUAUAUUGUGGUUUCUCUAUUGAUGUGUAAUUGUUGUUAUCCUUCAUCACUUCUUCUGUAAUUCCAAUUGUAAGAAUCAAAUAUUUGUUCUCGAU